AGAGGAAGUGGAGCGUGCGCGCGCGUGUCUGACUUGACAGAGGAAACGAAAAGCAAAGAAAAAGUGGUAAAUGCGGAAGUUUGCGACAAGUUUGUUCAACGGCGAAAAACAGAGCGACGAGUGAGUGAAGCGGAGAAGAAAGAGGUGAAGAAAGACCAUCAUGGCGUCUGAAGUUUACUCCCCCACGACGGCUCCCAACCCCACAACUUCCUGGUGUUUGAUUCCGUCAGAACAUCUGGAUCAAGCACGCUUCGUGGUCAAGCUAACACAAGUGCUCUUCUCCUCCGUGGCCUUCCUCCUGGAGGAGGUGGUCAGCAGCUGCUCCAGCUGCUUCGCCCUGUAUUUCUUUGAGUUUGUCACGUGCACAGCCUUCCUCUUCACGCUGCUGCUCCUCAUCCUCCUCUCCACCUCGCUGCACGCCACCUUCGGCAUCACCUGUUGGCCAAGUCUGGAUUUCUGUUACACCGCUGCUGUGGCCGUUCUCUUCUUCGUUUCAUCCAUCAUUUUCGCUUCAGACAACAACGGAUCAACUCUGGAGAAAAGUGCUGUGGCGUUUGGUUUCCUGGCGACGUUGGCGUUCGUCGUGGAUGUCGUCAUCUUCUAUAAGAGGCGUGGUUUCCCUUUCCUGAGUGGCGGGAAGGCGGAGUCGAGUAACGGCGGCCCCGUGACGGCGGAGGCUCCGGCGGAGAAGGAGAGACUCAACGCUGACGGCGAGUAAAGUUGCUCUUGUGUUUGUGCCGCGUUCAAAGGUCAGAGGUCAUUUUACACACUAUUCUUGACGUGACGACAGGAGGCGGAGCUUCGGCAGCAGGUGUUUUUUUUUUUGAUCGAUGACCUCGUGAUUCAGAUUUGACUUAAUCAUUAAACCACUGAAUGGACAGAUUAUUCCUUUAUUAUUGGAUCAAUAACCAAGAUUUAAAAAAAAAAAAAAAAGCUCCUCCCUCUCACACCACUGAAAAAAGAAACAUUCAUUUUGUGUCUCUGAAUGCCAGGAUCCACAUUUACACCCAGAUAAUCCAGAUUAUUCACGUUGUCCAGACUAUCCAGAUUAUCUAGAUCAUCCAGAUUAUUCAAAUCAUCCAGACUAUUCAGAUUAUAUAGAUAAUCCAGAUUAUUCAGGUCAUCCAGAUUACUCAGGUUGUCCAGACUAUCCAGAUUAUCUAGAUCAUCCAGAUCAUUCUUAUUAGUUUAAAGUGUGUUACUACUGUGGAUGAGCGGUUACUGCGAGCGUCACACAGUGGUGAGGGAUUAAGAGCGACUAAAGUGGACUAAAGAUCUUAUCGCGUUAAUCCCUUGUGAUAUUUGAAGAACAGUAUUUGUGAGGCUAUUUCACAGAGUUUUGAACCAUGAAGGUGUGAUGACUCAGUGUGUCCAGCAGAGGGAGCUGAAAAACACUCGGCAGCGACGUUGAUCUCAGGAGGUUUAAUGAUAGAAAUGAAUGACUUUUAAAGGGACAGUUCACCACCUUACAGAGACCACUGUGCUGUGAGUGGCGCCCCCUGCUGCUGCAGUAUCUACAUUACAUGAUCACGUCUUUAUCGUGUGUGUGUGUGUGUGUGUGUGGGAGAGUGAGCGGUUUACAAACUUGAGUUUCCUGUUUGAGAUCAAUCUGUGAUCAUGUGACGUAGAUAUUCUCCUUGAGUCUCUGCUGGCAGCCAUGUUUCCACUGAGUGUGAGCCUAGUUCUCAGCAGCAGGGGGCGCUCACAGCUCAGAUUGUGUCAGUUCCUCAUAUCAGAAUUUUGAUUUUUAAAAAACCUGUUGAUCAGUGUCAACUCUAACGUAACUUUGUUUCGUAUUUGUUUCUAACUUUAAGUUUUUAUUGUUGUUUUUUCCGGUCCUCUUUUGUUCAAACUCUACUUCCUGUUUGUAACAAACGUCGUUUAUGAAGGAAAUGAAUGAGUGAAUGUUGUGUUUUUAUUGACUGUCGUUGAUUUAAAUGAAGAAAUGAAUGUAAAAGAUUAAAAUAAUCCAGAUGAUUUUAACAAAUGUUUCAAAAUGAAAAGUAAAUUCUUUUUUUUAACCCCAAAUCAAGUCGCACUCGCAGCUGUAGAGGGCGCUCCAGAGUCACCAACACAACUUCCUGUCACUUUGGCCUUCAAAAUAAAAGCUGCUGACUUCCAACCUUUUUUUACUACUUCUUCCCAUUCAAACCUUUUCAUUAUUAUUUUUUGAUAAACUUUAUUGACAAUUCAAUGGUAACGUUUAGUGUUUGUGUCGACGUUCUCCACGCUCAAUGUUUUUGAGCAAUUAGUUUUUUUUUCUUUUCUUUGUUUUUCAUUUUUUUAAAUUCGAAACAAAAGUGGACUGCAAUUUAACAACAAACACAAAUGUUUUAAGUGACUUUUUUCUUUCUGUGUUUCUUAUGUAUCCGUGUUUUAUUUGCGUUAAAAUCCUGUCGUAAACCAAGGAACCCAUGAGAUUAAGCAGUCAAUGAUGUCACCACUGAACCACAGCUCUAUAAUUUCAUGUCAUGCAGGGGUCAAAGGUCACACAUGUAACAGUCUUUUGAUUCUGUAAAGUUAUUUUAAAUUUUAUAUUGAAAAAAAACAUGUUUAUUAAUCAGUGUGUCAGACAAUCUAACAUAAAAUCAGAGUUUAUAUAAACGUGAUGCAUGUUCAGGACCAAGUACACACACACAUUUAAUAUGAAUGUGUUUGUCUUUAAAGCUGCUGCAGUUUCAUUUCUAGCAUCACUUUAUAUUCUGUCAUGUCAUGAAUAAAGAUUUUCAAGGACAAAA